UAACCUUUCUGUUAGCAGUCAAGCACGUUUUAACCUUUUGUACCACCCAAGGACUCCUUUUCUCUCAUUAGUGAAGAAUUUUUUCAUUGUUUUGAUACUGAUAUAGUAGAAUAUUUGGUUUUAAUUACCAAUUACUUCAUGAGCCAGUAAAGUCUUAAGUUUUAUGCUGUUCCUUUUAUAUUCAGUUGAAUCUGUUGAGCAUAUACAGGGGUUUAUACUAGGUGGAAUAUAUAUGUUUCACCAGAUAAAAGCAUAGUGAAGAAAAUGUGUGACCUUAAAUAUAAGGCUUGGGGUCUUCUAUGAGCAUAAAUCUUAAUAAUGUCACUUCUCUAUCUAAAAUCUUCCAGUGACUGAAUUACUUCCAGGCUAAAGUUCAAAUUCCACACUGCAAAACACACCUUCAGCUCCAGUUAUGCCACACCGUUUUGUUUGUGUUUUCAAAAGAUCACUGUGCAAAGUAUGGAAGGAGGGUAGAAAGCAGGCAAGGAUACCUGGUUACCUGGUGGUUCUGUUUAUUCCUUCAGUAAAACAUUUAUGGAGGCUCUAAUAUGUGCUAUGUGCUGAUUACACUUAGUACCAUAGACACAAAGGGAAUGACAGCUCUCUAUUCUGUAAAAAUAAAUUUUAUGUUGAAUUUUCCCAUUCCAGUGUUCGUAUUAGUCUAUAUAAAUGAAGAGGAAAACCUAUGUGUAGUAUUGUAAUAUUCAGACUGUAUACCUUCAAGGAGGUACAAAGUUACACGUAAAAUAGUUUUGAGAAUUUUUUUCCCCCUACAAAACUAUACUAGGGCUGGACUAUGUCCAUAAGACAGUAACAGCUUGAUUCUAGCUCAAAAGCCCAGAUGAUUUUAAUGGAGACAUAUAUAUAUAGGGCUAUGCAGUAAUCCACAAUCCCCCUUUGGACUAUUUCUGCCAAUGUUAGCACUUUCUGUGGUGGAAAGAACAAUUUGCUUUGAAGUCAGAAGGACUUAGAUUUGUAUCUGACUCCAUGUAACAUUCGGACAAGUUACUUAACCUUACUGAACCCUAUCCAUAAACCUGGUGAAAAUAAUACCUUUAAAUGGUGGUCAGGCAUAUUAAAUAAUAGAUUAAAAAGGAAUAACGGCAGUUGCCUCAAUUGCAUAUUAAAUGUUUGGUUUGGUCCUCAUUCUCCCAGUUUCCAAAUCUAAUGAGACAUCCUAGUUUAAUGUGAUUUCCUAUCAUAUUUGGCCAGUCACUAAAUGGUCUAGGAUUCCUUUGUAGAGCUUUUCCAUUCCCGUUCUUUCCACAUAACCAUUCUUUUUAACAUAAUUCACACUAAUCCACUAUCUCCUGCUAGAACUAUUACUAUAGUUGGUUUUCCUUUUUUUUUGGUCUGUUUGACCCAGUCCACUCUAGACACUUUCUAAACGAAUGAUUUCUCUUCUGCUCAAAAACUUAAUGACUGAUUUUAAAAUUCUUCAGUAUGCCUUUUCCAACAUUAAGCUCUGCUUACUUAUGUCGUUACAUCAUUUCCUCUGACUAGAAUUUCCUUACCACUUCUUUGUCUUUAAUGUGUGCCCUUCUUAUCACCAAAACCAGAAUAAAAGCUCUUUGAGGACAAGGGAUCGUACAUUUGUAUCCCCGAAGUUUAAAAAGUAUUCUAUAAAUCAUAAGCAUGUAGCAAAUUGUUACUGGAAUACUAUCUGACGACAGUAUUACACACUACAUAGUACGUUCCUUAACGUUGCAAAGAUUUUAAGGUUUUAAGAAUAGCGAGAAAAAGGUGAAAAACCUAACAGCAUGUUUUAAAUUUAAUAUCUUGCAACCUCGUAAGAGCACAGCAUCCAACUAAUUAAUGCAAAUGAAACUAAACUUUGGCCGGGGUACAGAGCACACAUUUGUUGCCAUGCGGUUGUGACACAUGAGCUGUUAGAUGUACAGACUGCUCACAUUAAUUAGGGUAAGUACUUACACACCUGUCACACAAGGCGCCUACCUAAGAACUAGUGGAACAACAAAAUUCCUUGGCAACCCUCGUGAGCGGCAGAUCAAGUUAUGAUCUACUUUACCCUACUGGGAAAUGGAAGUUAAUAAUCCAAGGAAGCUUCGGGGAAAUGCUCUUUAUCGUUUGAGUCCGCUAAUCACACUCGUAUCCAAGCUACGAGCAGCUGUUCUCCACGAGCCACGCUAGCACCGCUCUCCGCAGAGCCCACGCGCUUCUGGACGCCAGUUCCCCGACCCUGCCAGUUUGUGUCACGUGACACAGCGCGCAGGUCCCUGCUCUCAUCUGUAACAUCCCCAAAGAUGCCUGAUUAUUUUCUUCUUUAGAGAAAGCUGGUCCCACUCUCCAGUGAAAGACAGAAUAAAAUUUAUCUUUGACAGUUUUUACUUAUAAGACUUCCUUUCCCGUUAAGACCAGUCAUACGGCAUUACUUUUUCUCAAAUGAUAGGGCGUCCUUCCGGGCAGCUUCCCUGGUCGGUUUGGGUCUUUCCGAACAGCAGGCACCGGCGGUGCGCGUCACUGUCCACCGCCGUGUUCCCGGGCUGCUCCUGGCUCCUGUAGGGCCUGCAGCCUCAAUGUCCUUACCCCGGUGUGCCCUGUGGUGGGCUCGGCACCCUGCGGGGCGCCAGGCUGGUCACCGGGCAACCGUCUGCUCUGCCCUUCGCGCCCAUGUUAGACCCCUUCCUGGGGCUGUGGGGCGCGUUCCUGCUGUUGCCGCAGCCUCCUCCUCUGCCUCCGGUGGUUCCAAAGCCCCGAACACGUCCUUGUUCGUGCCGCUGACUGUGAAACCUCUGGGCCCCAGCGCGGAUGGCGACGUGGGGGCCGAGCUAACCCGGCCUCUGGACAAGAAUGAAGUAAAAAAGAUCUUAGACAAGUUUUACAAGAGGAAGGAAAUUCAGAAACUGGGUGCUGAUUAUGGACUUGAUGCUCGCCUCUUCCACCAAGCUUUCAUAAGCUUUCGGAAUUACAUUCUGCAGUCUUAUUCCCUGGAUGUGGACAUUCACAUUGUUUUGAAUGAUAUUUGUUUCAGUGCAGCUCAUGUGGAUGAUUUGUUUCCAUUUUUCUUGAGACAUGCAAAACAGAUAUUUCCUGUGUUGGAAUGUAAGGAUGAUCUACGUAAAAUCAGUGACUUAAGAAUUCCACCAAACUGGUACCCGGAAGCCAGAGCCAUACGGCGGAAGAUAAUCUUCCAUUCGGGACCCACAAACAGCGGGAAGACUUAUCAUGCAAUCCAGAAAUACUUGUCAGCAAAAUCUGGAGUGUAUUGUGGUCCUUUAAAAUUGCUGGCACAUGAGAUCUUCGAAAAGAGUAAUACUGCUGGGGUGCCAUGUGACUUGGUAACAGGCGAAGAGCGCGUGACAGUAGAGCCAGAUGGGAAACAGGCUGCCCAUGUUGCUUGUACUGUUGAGAUGUGCAGUGUUACAACUCCUUAUGAAGUGGCUGUGAUUGAUGAAAUUCAAAUGAUUAAAGAUCCAGCUAGAGGAUGGGCCUGGACCAGAGCACUUCUAGGACUCUGUGCUGAAGAAGUCCAUUUGUGUGGAGAAUCUGCUGCUAUUGACCUGGUGACUGAGCUCAUGUACUCAACUGGGGAGGAAGUAGAGGUUCGAAACUAUAACAGGCUUACCCCCAUUUCUGUUCUGGAUCAUGCGUUAGAAUCUUUAGAUAAUCUUCGGCCUGGGGACUGCAUUGUCUGUUUUAGCAAGAAUGAUAUUUAUUCUGUGAGUCGACAGAUUGAGAUUCGGGGAUUGGAAUCAGCUGUUAUAUACGGCAGCCUCCCACCUGGGACCAAACUUGCUCAAGCAAAAAAGUUUAACGAUCCUGAUGAUCCGUGCAAAAUCCUGGUAGCUACAGAUGCAAUUGGCAUGGGACUUAAUUUGAGCAUAAGAAGAAUUAUUUUUUACUCCCUUUUAAAGCCCAGUAUUAAUGAAAAGGGAGAGAAAGAAAUAGAACCAAUCACCACCUCUCAAGCCCUACAGAUUGCCGGCAGAGCUGGUAGAUACAGCUCGAAAUUUAAAGAAGGAGAGGUUACAACAAUGAAUCGUGAAGACCUUAGUUUAUUAAAGGAAAUUUUGAAUAGGCCUGUGGAACCUAUACAGUCAGCUGGUCUUCAUCCAACUGCUGAGCAGAUUGAAAUGUUUGCCUACCAUCUCCCUGAGACAACACUUUCUAAUCUCAUUGAUAUUUUUGUAGACUUUUCACAAGUCGAUGGGCAGUAUUUUGUCUGCAAUAUGGAUGAUUUUAAAUUUUCUGCAGAAUUAAUCCAGCAUAUUCCAUUAAGUCUCCGAGUGAGGUACGUUUUCUGCACAGCUCCUAUCAACAAGAAGCAGCCUUUCGUUUGCUCUUCAUUGUUACAGUUUGCCAGGCAGUAUAGCAGGAAUGAGCCACUGACCUUUGCGUGGUUACGCCGCUAUAUUAAAUGGCCAUUACUUCCACCUAAAAAUAUUAAAGACCUCAUGGAUCUUGAAGCUGUCCAUGAUGUCUUGGAUCUCUACCUGUGGCUAAGAUUUAUGGAUAUGUUUCCAGAUGCCAGCCUUAUUCGAGAUCUCCAGAAACAACUAGAUGGCAUUAUCCAAGAAGGUGUACACAACAUCACCAAACUGAUUAAAAUUUCCGAGACACAUAAGCUGUUGCAUUUGGAGAGCAUGCCAGCCGGGAGCCAGUCUGGUUUGUCAGGAACCUUAAAGAGCCAAAGUAGAAGGACGCGUGGCACCAAAACUUUAGGGAGUAAAGCUGCUGAGCCACACAGCCCUGAGGCAGGCGAGAAAUCCCUUGCUUCCAGAUUGGUGCAGCAAGGACUUCUCACUCCAGACCUGCUGAAACAGCUAGAAAAAGAGUGGUUGACACAACGAACUGAACAUGGCAAGGGAAGAACAGAAUCGGGGAGUAAUUCAAAAGGGACGAGAAGAAAGAAGAAGGAACUUGACUCGGAUUAGUUUUUUUUUUUAUUUUGCAAAUAAAAAUCUAUUUAAAAAUCCUUUUUCCUCGUAUGCAUUUACUGCCUGCUAUAGUACUGUGGCUGUCUCUUAUUGUUUUUUUCUUUGCACAUAAAAAUUAACUCUCCAAGAUGACUAAACUGCUGUUUGUUUCAACAUUUAAAAAAAUACUGGGAUGUCUUAGACAUUAUAUUUAAAUCACAGUUUUAUUUUUUAUAUAGUGGAGAUUUGUAGUAUAGCACCAAGACAGUGCACUAUAAGGAGCUUUGCAUGGGAAUAAAAUCAAUUUAAUGAAGUGUUGGACCAGUUUUCUAC